AUGUCACAGCCACAGAUCAAACUCGAGGCCAUGCCUAAGCCUCAGCCUCGUGAGCCCGUCAAGCCCAAACCGCCAUUCGACAUCGACAACUACCUCAACCCUUAUAUUCCCAGAUCACCAUUAUACCUCCUUCCAACGUCAGUCUCAUACUUUUUCGGUCACAGGCUACCAAGGACAUCCUCACGGCGUCCUCCAGUCGUACACCGCUAUCACAACACCAUAGUCUACUUGUCCAUAUUCAUUGGUACAUUUUGUGGCCUUGCAAUUAUUGAAAAUACUUUUCUCGCCCUCCCACCUCUUUCCGGCCAUGCCGUACCAAUAAUCAUUGCUUCUUUUGGUGCCGCUGCCAUUCUGGAAUACAACACCAUAGAAUCCCCACUCGCCCAGCCUCGAAAUCUCGUCUUCGGACACUUUUUCUCCGCCGUGAUUGCCGUCGCGAUCACUAAAUUAUUCGAACACCUUCCACAGGAACGAUUUGAGGAGCUACGAUGGCUAGUGGGCGCCAUCUGCGUGGCAGUUGCCAGUAUUGUCAUGAGUUUGACUAAAACAGUCCAUCCUCCUGCCGGCGCCACUGCUUUAUUGGCAUCGACGAGCGUUGAGAUCCAGAUCCUUGGCUGGUGGCUGUUACCUCUCGUACUACUGGCGGCAAUGCUCAUGAUGACAAGUGCGAUGCUUCUCAACAACCUCGCCGGUAGGCGUUAUCCGGUCUACUGGUGGACGCCUGUAGACUUAAAAGCGCUGAAGGAAGAGCGACGUAAAGAAAAAGGGGACAAGAAGCAAGAACUAGACGUCGAGAAAGCAUCCAAUCCAUCAGCCACGACGGCGACCCCGGAAUCAAUCAAGGAAGAGAACAUAUCCGACGAAGAGACGGAAACCGGUUCGAACGUGGGAGAUCUCCGCAAGUCGGCGUCCAUAGAUCCCGACCGCAUUGGCCGAACGGUAUCAUACAGUUCAGCCUCAAGGACACCUCAUCCCAACCGAUCACAGUCCAGAAGGACCUCGAAACCGGAACACGAUCGACCCACCAAAGAUAGCCUCAAGGAAGACAAUGAAGAAGAUGAGAAAGGCGACAGAAUCGUCAUCACGAGAAAUCAAAUCGUCGUGCCUGAGUGGCUCCAGCUGAAUGAUUGGGAAGACGAAGUUCUCAGGAUCCUCAUGGAGAGGCUGAGAGACUCCGAUGCAUGA